AUGAGCUCGUCCCUCGGCAAGGCCCUCCAACGCUCGAAGCGGGCGACGGAGCGGCAGGGGCGGCGCAACUACCGCGACGCCUUGGAGAAUGAGCGCCACGCCGCCCUGGAGGCGGAGCUGCAGCAGCAGGAGGCUGGCCGCGCCAAGACACAGCUCAAGUCCAUCUGGGAGACGAACGACCUGGAGAAUUUUCUGUCCAUCGCCGAUGCGCGCGAGGAGGGCUACUUUGCUGAGCGCGACGUGCGCGUCGUCAUUGGCGGCCGCGUGCACGUCGUGCAGAACGACAAGGUUGUCCCGCAGCAGAUGCCGACAGACGAGGCUCACGUCGACUGGCUGACGCUAAGCGAGUCGCUGACGAUUCCGAAGCGGCCGGAGUGGGACUGCAAGAUGUCCGCCGACGAGUUGCAGGCGGCGGAGAAGAAGGCCUUCGUCGACUGGCGCCGCUCCCUUGCGCAGAUGGAGGAGGAGCACAAGGUGCUGUUGACGCCGUACGAGCGCAACCUUGAGGUGUGGCGGCAGCUGUGGCGCGUCGCGGAGCGUGCGGACGUCGUCUCGGUCAUCCUAGACGCGCGCAACCCGCUCAUGUUCCGCAGCUUCGACUUUGAGAAGUACGUGCGGAGCACCCAAAACAGCAAAGGGGAGCCGAAGAAGGUGGUGCUGCUGCUCAACAAGUCGGACCUGCUGACCGAUGCGCAGCGACGGGCCUGGGCAGCCUACUUUCAGCAGCGCGGCGACGACUUCUUCUUCUUCUCUGCCAAGCCACUGCAGCCCCUCGCCGCCGACGACGACGCCGCUGCUGCCACCUCCUCGAAAGUCACGACCGGUAACAACGACGAGGAUGAGCCGGAGGAGGACGGCGAGUCCCCGCUGGACUCGGACGGCGUGCAGCUCACGGCGGCGCAGGAGGCGGCGGUGCUGGACAAAGUGAUGAGGCAUAAAAAGGAAAAGACACGACACCAAAAGAAGGCGUUGCGGGCGCCGGUCGAGGUCAAGAAUCCGUACCAGCUCUCCGCGAUGCGCGAAGCGAUGAGGAGAGAGGCGCAUGCGCCGAAGGUAAAGGAGGAAAGACCGCUCACUGAGGAGGAACUGGCGCGUAACUCGCGCACGGAGGCGGCGGCAUCGGUCGUGAAACGCGAGCCGUGGACCGUGCUCGAUCCUGUGCAGCUGCUGGACCAGUUCGCCCUUCUCCGCCAGGAGGCUGGAGUUACCGACGUGAACACGCCACUGAUGGUCGGCCUUGUCGGGUACCCGAACGUGGGCAAGUCGUCCACCAUCAACGCGAUCCUCGGCUGCAAGAAAGUUGUGGUGAGCGCCACACCGGGCAAGACGAAGCACUUUCAGACGCUCAUGAUUCCCAACGAGCGUCGCGUGGCGCUCUGCGAUUGCCCUGGGCUCGUCUUUCCCUCUUUCGCAACGACAAAGGCGCAGAUGGUGUGUGACGGCAUCCUCCCCGUUGACACGGCCACCGACACGCUGGAGGCGACGGCCACCAUCUGUCGCCGCCUGCCUCGCCCCGUUUUGGAAGAGGAGCUCAACAUAUCACUACUGGCAGAGGACGACAUAGACGAGAGCGACUCCCUCGCCGAGCGGCUGCUGAAUGCGCUAGCACGCCGACGCGGCUACAUGGCGUCGCACGACCGUCCCAACAAGGCACGUGCGGGCAAGGAGCUGCUGAAGCUGUACGUGGACGGGUACUUUGUGUACGUCGAGCCACCGCCUACCUACCGCCCCGACGCGGCGGCGCUGUCGCUGGACAGGUACAUGGAGCAGCACGCCUCCGCCUCACCCGCGGCAGCGUCGUCUGCCCGCGGCGGCGAGGCGGCGGCAGAGGAAGGUGAUGAAGAGUGGGAAGACGACGACGACGCGGCCGGGUAUGAGCUGAACAGCGAGGAGCAAGAUGCGUGGGCCGAUCUCGACUCUGCCAACGACGACCGAGCGUUGAGUGAGCCGGGGGACGGCGAAAACUACUCCGUCGACAUGGACCUCGAGAACGCGGCGCCGCCCAUGUUCUAUGCCCGGCCGCAUGCGCUGCGCACGACCUUCACCCGCUAUGAGCUCUUCAACAUGGAGGCGAACGAGGCCCGCAUAAGCGCCCUGACAAAAGCGGAGCGGCGUCGCAAGAGGCGCACAAACCACCAGCUCGAGCCCGACACGUACACGUUUGUGAACCGCCAAGGCGAAGUGGAGCUGCGCAUCGAUGAUGACGACGGCGUGCUGGAGCUGGUGACGCCGACUGGCGGGCCGGUGCGGCCAGCGACGAAGGCAAAGCCCAAGUCGAAGCGCCAGCAGCGCCGCGAGCUGAAGCAGAUGGGCGCAGGUCCGUCGAACCGCUACGGGCAGCGUAAAGGCAUUGUGGAGUACUGA